AUGCAAUCUCCAUCAAGACAAAUUAGUCACAUAAAUUUUAUUAGUGGAACAACUAAUAUCUUUAAUCAACAAUCAUCUCAGCAAUUCACUACAGAUGGACAUGGAAACAUGAUGCAACAUCCACCAAGCCAGCAGCAAUUGUUUCAACAACUUUCAGCUAGUCAUAUAAAUUUUGUUAAUGGAACAACUAAUAUCUUCAAUCAGCAACCACUUCGGCAAAUACCUCAGCAGUCAGCUCCAGCUGGACAUGUAAACAGGAUGCAACCUUCACAAAAUCAACAACAGUUACUUCGACAACAAUUUUCAGCUGAACAAAUAAAUUUAAUUAAUGGAACAAUUAAUAUCUAUCAGCAACAGACUCCAGCUGAAAAUGCAAAUAUGAUACAAGAAUUUAUAGCUGGAACCACUGGCAUAUUUAGUUAA